AACAACUCAACCUAUACACAUCAUCAUGUCAGGAAAACGAGCAUACGAAGAGGACAUGGAACCAUCGACGAGCGAGGUCAAGCUCGAAGAGGGCGGGCUGAAAAAGGCCAAGAAGGAGCGUGUCAACACCACGGUGUUCGUCUCGUCAUUGCCCUAUGAGACGACUACGACGGAUUUGAUCACCCAUUUCUCAUUCAUCGGGCCUGUCAAGAACGGUUUCGUGGUCAAGGACCGAGAGUCGGGUGAAUCGAAAGGAGUUGGAUACAUCACAUACACCGAGGUCGAGGAUGCGGAGAAGGCGGUAGAGGAAUUGAACAACGGGUCAUUCGGCGCUUCAACGAGAAAGAUCAGGGUGUCUUUGGCUGAUGUCAAGCCCACUCGUCUCGAACGGAGUCAACACAAGACCACCGAGGAAGACACCGACAUCCCCUCCCUUCCCGGCCAACCGUCCACUUCAUCCGCCUCUACCUCUGCUCCGCGAACAAAACCGGUUCAACCCCGCGGCCAACCCGCCAAACGUUCUUCCGACCCCACCUCCAUCCGUACGCUCGUCUUGACUGGUAUCCCCGCCGACGUGGACAAAUCGACCUUGUGGAAACGAGUGCGGAAAGUUGCCGGUAUCGACGGAGGGAAGCAUGAAGCCCUGCAAUUCCCCGUAGACGUCGUUCCCGGGGAAGAAUCCAAAGAGACUCUAGGACAAACCGCCAAUGUGAUCUUUACCACGCACCAAAAGGCUGUCGAAGCCAUCCCCAUGCUACAUGCGCACACAUACAAAGGAGCGCUCUUAUCCUGCGUCUUGAAGAAACGGAUAGAAACCUCUGGUUCGGCUACGGGCGGCGACAAGGACGGCUCGGGGAAAGCCAACCGGGCAGGAAGGUUGAUCAUCAGGAACUUGACGUGGAACACGACCGAGACGGACCUCCGGAAAAAGUUCCUCCCCUUCGGUCCGAUCUUGGGGAUCAACCUCCCUACGGUAGCAAGCAAGCUGCCCCACAAAGACCCUUCCAAGCCCGCUCCACCGCCAAGAGCGCGAGGGUUCGCGUUCGUCUGGUUCUUGAGCAAGAAGGAUGCCGAGCGGGCUAUCGAGGAGCUCAAUGACAAGGAGUUGAACGAGAGGAAGAUCACCGUGGAUUGGGCUGUCAGCAAGGACAAGUACGAGGAGGCCAAGAAGGAGGAAGGAGCCGGGGACAACAAGGAAAAGGACAAGAUGGAGGUGGACGUGGAUGACAAGGAGGCGGUCGAGGCUGUCUUGGCCGGCGAGAAGGGCGACGACCAAGACGAGGAGGAGGGCGAGGAUGAGGACGUGGAUAUGGAAGGUGGCGACGAAGAAGCCGAGGACGAGGAGGAAGAAAAGCCCGUCAAGCCCGUCUUGCCUGCUGUCGAAGAGGGGUCGACGCUGUUCAUCCGAAAUGUUCCCUUCGAGGUGACCGAGGAGGAGCUUCGUACUCUAUUCUGGACGUUUGGACCGCUCCGAUAUGCUAAAAUUACUAUGGACCGUGAAACGGGCCGAUCCCGAGGGACCGGGUUCGCCUGUUUCUGGAAACGCGAAGACGCCGACAAGUGUCUGGACGAGGCCAACCGGGUCAAGGAGAUCACUGGAGCCAACACCAUUGACUUGACGCCGAAAAACCCGUUUGCGAUGCCCUCGGUGCUGCAGAUCGAUCCGUCGGCGGGGACGGCGAGCAAGUUGGUCCUGCACGGACGAACGCUCGAAGUCGUGAGGGCUUUGACGAGGGAAGACGCGGCGUUGAAGAAGGAGGAUGGAGAGAGGUCAAGAUUGAAGGCUGAUAAGCGAAACACCUACCUGAUGAGGGAAGGAGUCAUCUUUCCCAACACCCCCGCCGCCCAGCUCUUGCCCGAGACUGAAGUCGAGAAACGAGCAUCGUCGUUCAGCGCUCGACGCAAGCUGCUCGAAUCUAACCCGGCUCUGUACAUCAGCAAGACGCGUCUAUCGAUCCGACAAAUCCCGCUGUAUGCUACCGACCGGACCCUCAAGCGGCUAGCAAUCCACGCCGUUCGGGAAUUCGACAAGGAGGCCGAAGCUGGUGACCGGGAGGGUCUGUCGCGAGAGGAGCUCAUGGACGAGACCUUGUCCCCCGCGCUCGAAGCCAAGGGCAAGAAGCAGACGCGAGGCGAGCGAGUGACCGCCGUCAUUCAGAGCAAGAUCUUGCGACAGACCGAUCGGGUCGACCCGUUGACCAACCUCGGAAAGAGCAAAGGGUUCGGUUUCCUGGAAAUGCGCUCGCACAAGGACGCUCUCAAGGUGCUUCGAUGGGCGAACAACAACCCGGAGGUUGGACCUCUCAUGCGCGAAUGGGCUGCUACCGAACUCGAAGAGCUGGAGAAGAAGACCAAGGAGAAGCUCGAGGCCGCCCGUAAGGAGGAGAACAAGGAUAUCGACGAGAUGGAGCUCAGGUACAAGAAGCUCCAGGCAAAGGUCAAGGACGGCGUCAACGGGCUUGUCGACCAGAUGAAACAAGGCAAGACGCUGAUGAUCGAGUUCAGUGUCGAGAAUGUGCAGGUCGUCAAGCGACGUGUCGAAAAGGUCGGUGAGGCGCGACAAGGAGGAGGUGCUCCGGAUCGCAAGCGCAAGUCACGUCCGACAGAAGACGACUCGGAUGAUGAGGGUCGUCCCGCCAUCAAGCGAGAGUCGAGGCCGCCGAGGGAGGGCAAGGGCAAGCCUCGACGUGAAAAGUCAGGUGAUGGCGAGACCGGCGACCGACCUAGCAAGAAGGCCCGGACAGGAGGCAAAUCAGAUAGCGCUGCAGCGACACCGUCUGAGACGGCAGGUGACAAGAGCAAAGCUGGCAAGAGUAUGGGAGGUUUGAUUGGCAAGAAGAGGAAGGAGCGUAAAGCCAAGGCUGGCAAGUAACGACGGGUUGUGGUUCUGAUUGCAUGUUGUACGAGAUUCAUACCGUCCGCGUCUGAAGCGAUACCAAGUAAAGCCAGGCGCCUGCUUCA